AUGAGCUCCUACGUAGCCAACUCGUUCUAUAAGCAGAGCCCCAACCCCCCGGCCUAUGCCAUGCAAACUUGUGGGAACUAUGCAUCGGCCUCCGAGGUGCCGGCGUCCAGGUGCUGCUUCGGCGGAUUGGACCUAAGCGUCACUUUCCCCCCGCCGCCGGCGCCCUCCAGCUCGCUCCGCGGGCCGGACAUGGCAGCCAAGCCCCGGGCUGCCCCCGACCGGCCCGCCUGCAGCGCCGCCGCCGCGCCGGGACGCGCCCUGGGCAGGGACGAAGCGGCUCCUGCGCUCCCCGGGACGCACGGCCAGGAGGCGGCUCGCCGGGCGCCGGAGCAGCGAGCCCCGCGCGCGGGGGACGUCAAAGCGGAGCGGGCGCCGCCCGGGCCGCCCGCCGCCCGGAGCCAGCCGCCGGCCCCGCCACAGAUUUACCCGUGGAUGACCAAACUGCACAUGAGCCACGAGACGGACGGCAAGCGGUCCCGAACCAGUUACACGCGCUACCAGACUCUGGAACUGGAAAAAGAAUUCCACUUUAACCGCUACCUCACCCGCCGCAGGCGCAUAGAGAUCGCCAACAACUUGUGUCUCAACGAGAGACAGAUCAAGAUCUGGUUCCAGAACCGCAGGAUGAAGUGGAAGAAAGAUUCCAAAAUGAAAAGCAAAGAGGCUCUCUAGAGGCGGCCGGGAGGCCCGCAGAGCGCACCCCGA